AUGGGGAUGCUCAGGCCGAUGAAUCUGAACCUGAGAGUUUCGCAGAUAUCAGCCACUUCAUCUUUGGUCACCUUUCUUGAUUUGACUCCCUAUUCGGUGUUUCGCUUGUCUGCGGUGGUUCACUUCGUCGAGAGGCUUCCAGUAGCUGAGAAGAGUGGUAAGGGUAUCCUUUAUUCUCUUGAUCCUGGCUUCAUAGUUAGACACAGCAUCUUCCUUCUCCUGCUUGUACUGGUUGAAAUUGUUAGCCACCUCUUGCUUUUCUUUCUACAGUUUUUUGACCUUCCUCCAAGCAGCAUGCUGACUAUUGUCCCGCUAUAUGAGCAAUUUAUCAAGAUAGUUAAUCUUCUGACCUUCAAGAUCGUCAAUCCCAACGACCAGACAGACCUCACCACCAUCCAGCGUGGCUCCACUGAAGACAUUGACCUUGCUGUGGCGGCUGCACGGGAAGCCUUUGAACGAGGACCCUGGGCGAGGAUGGACCCCACUGAUCGUGCAAGAUGCCUUUUCAGAUUGGCUGAUCUGAUUGAGAACAAUGCCACUGAACUUGCUACCAUCGAGGUCAAUAACGGAAAGCCUGUGGAGGUUGCCAAAGCAGCAGACCUUACGCUUGCCCACCGUUGCUACAGGUAUUACGCCGGAUGGGUCGACAAGAUUAGAGGCCACACCAUCGCCAUGGACGGUCCUUUCAAUCUUUCCACCAGGAAGUAGCCUGUGGGAGUCGCACAAGUCAUCCCCUGGAACUUCCCUCUUCUCAUGCAGGCCUGGAAGUUGGCUCCAGCUCUGGCUGCUGGAUGCACUGUGGUCAUGAAGACUGCUGAGCAGACCCCCCUCUCCGCUCUUAGGGUGGCUGAGCUCAUCAACGAAGCCGGCUUCCCUCCAGGAGUGGUGAACAUCGUGUCAGGAUACGGUGACAUUGGCGCCCACCUGGUCCGCCACCCAGGCGUCGACAAGGUGGCCUUCACGGGUUCCACCGAGGUCGGCUACGACAUCAUGCGCAACGCCCACGACCAGAACUUGAAGAGAAUCACUUUGGAGCUGGGAGGAAUCGCCAAUAUCAUCACUAAAAAUGCCAACUUCGAAACCGCCCUCAGCCAAUCAUUCUCUAGUCUGUUCUUCAAUGCUGGACAGUGCUGCGUUGCUGGAUCACGCACUUUCGUCCAUUCCUCCAUCUAUGACCGAUAUGUGUAGGCAAUUUCCAAGGUUUCUUCAAAGGUGAAGCUGGGCCACUCCUUGGCUGCUGACACUGAGCAGGGUCCCCUUGUGAGCGAGUAGCAAAUGAACCGCGUCUUAGGCUACAUCUAAACCGGCAAGAAAGAGGGCGCCACUCUGGUCUCUGGCGGUAAGAGAUGGGGCAGCAAGGGAUGGUACGUAUAGCCUACUGUCUUCGCCAACGUCAAGGACGACUACACCAUCGCAAGGAGGAGUUUCGGUCCAGUGAAGAGCAUUUUCAAGUUCGAAGACAUUGACGAAGUCAUCCACCGCGCCAACUCUUCAUCCUACGGUUUGGGAGCAGGAGUCGUCACUGAAAGCCACUCUGAAGCCAACUACCUCGUCAAGAGACUCCGCGUGGGCACCGUCUAUGAAUGCUACAAUGCCUUCGCUUCAAUGACGCCCUUCGGAGGAUUCAAGGACUCUGGGAUUGGCAGAGAGCUUGGCGUAGGGCUCAACAACUACCUGGAGCUCAAGACCAUCAUCGAAAAGAUAUGA